AUGCAAGGUCAAUCAGUAAAAACGAAGGGAGAAAUAGCCAGAAUGUAUCAACGACAAGAUCAGUAUCAGAUCUUGCAAGACAAUCUCCAUCAAAGGAUGGACUACCACCAUAGCAACUGGACGAAUUUCGAUUCGAGAGUAACCAGUAUGGAAACUCAAAACCAAAUUGCCCUUUCAGUAGCACACGGAGUCGAGGAUAGGCAUGCUAUACUAGAAGAAAAACACGAAACACUAGAGGAGAAACAUGCAAUACUGCAAGAAAAAUAUGAUGACAUGUCCCACACAGUGGCCAAGUUCUUGAGUUUUUAA